AUGGAAGGUGGAGAACUAUUUAAUCGUAUUGAAAAACAAAACAGUCAACUGUUUACAGAACGUGAUGCUGCUAAAUAUAUUUGGAUGAUUGCUCAAGCUGUUUAUCAUUUACAUGCAAUGGAUAUAGCCUGUGACAUUUGGUCCAUGGGUGUUAUUAUGUACAUUCUUCUAUGUGGUUAUCCACCUUUCUUUCCAAAAACUGGAGAAUACUCAAGUUCUGGUAUGAUAAACAGAAUCAAGACAGGUAAUUAUCAAUUUCCAGAUGUCGAAUGGCAAAAUAUUUCACAAGAAGCAAAAUUAACUAUUCAACGAAUGCUCACAGUGAUUCCAGCAAAUCGUAUUACAAUCGAUGAAAUUCUUACAUGUUCAUGGCUUACUGAAUUGACUUCAGAAAGAUCAAUUGAUAUGAGUUUACUUCAAGACACUGAUAUUCAAGAACAAAUAAAAGAUGCAGUUGCAUAUGCUACUGAUGAGCAACGACAAAUCGAUGAUGAUUUUCACUUUGAAUUAUCUGGAGUAGAAUCAUCAUGGAUUGCUAAACGAGCAGCUAAAAGAAAACAACAAAUAAGUCUCACCAAUGAAACUCUUUAUACAAUGAGAAACGAAAUUGAACAUGAUCAUGACGAAAAUUCAGCCAUUGCACCAACAGAAUCAAAUAUUCAAUCAGAUCUAUUCGACAUAUAUUAG